AAGUCAGAUGGAUCUGAGUGCUCAAAUGUAACGUUUUGUCUCGUUUCAGACCCGCCAGAUAUUACAGAAGAAGAUUUCGAAAAUUGCUUGGCAACAGAUGACUUCCUUGUGGAUUACUUUAAUGAGUUCUUAAGCCUUCCUACCUUUUCAGAGGCAAUUAGAUUUAAUGUAGACUACGGAGUUUUUGAAGUAAUUAAUAAUGCACCACAACUUCUGGAAAAGCAACUGAAAAGAGUUCUGCGAAACCAGCAACCUCGAAAUCCCAUCUAUGAUGUUAUAAGGAAAGGGAAAAAUGAUGCUACAUCUCUUCAGAAGAGCGUCCCCAGUGAAGAUGAAGCCAUUAGUGUCAACUACACUAUCAUGUGUCUCAACCGUGAGCAGGGUAUUAAGUGGAUCAAAAGAAAAAGACUUCCGGCAUUUUUGGAGAGUGAUUGCUACUUUGAAUACAGACUGGCCAAGUUGAUCUCACAAGCAACAUGGAGCAACUCAGGCAUGAAUUUCAUAGUAGGCACCAACUUUUCCCCCUGGAUCCUGAGAAAGCUGCCCACUCCACCUCCUCCUACCAUUGAAGAGGACCAUCUCAUGAUUAUGAAAAAGUUCUACGUUUCUCUUGGCCAGGCCUCCUACACUCAAACCAAAGACUGGUUUACACUAGCAAAGGAAAGUCAGAAAACAGUCACGACCUUUUCGUUACCCUGCUGUAAACCCCACCACAAAACUGCACCCCCCGCUAUUUCUUCCGUGUCCGAGAGUUUUAUAUUUGAUGAUGGAAUUCACCCCAGGAAAACAAAGAGCCCAACUAAAACCACUGAAAUAAUUCCUGAGCUGGAAGAAGAAGAAGAAGAAGGCUCUGUAUCAAUAAAAGAUACUCCUUCCCAAGCUCUUCUGAGAAUAUACCUUGAAAGGAAAGAGGGCCAGGUUGACAAGAACCUGACAAUGCAUUUCUCAUCAGUUGAAGAAUUUCUCAACAACUAUAUAGUCUUUAUCUUGAGACAAGCCAUUGAGCACAUCACAGGCCACUCCUUUAGGGACAUCCCAGGCUACAUCAACUUCUACAACGUAUCCCAGCUGGUAUUCGAUAGCAUGGAUCCUGUGCCUAGAAGGAAGGUUGUGAGAUCACCUCAGUUUGAAACAGAAAAGGAAAUCUCAGAAGAGAAAUUGGAAAAAGCAAGUUUAAGUUCAAAGAGUGAGAGUCUUGGGCCGGAGGGCAGGGCCGACUGGUGUAUUUCUCACAGAGCCUAUGACAUUGGCAGCAGAAGGGAAUUUGAAAGAUUUAAGAAGUUUCUAAAGGGAACAUUAGGAGAAAGAUACUGGUGGCUGUGGAUGGACAUCGAGAGGUUAAAAGUCCUUAAGGACCCUGGAAGACAUCAAAGACAUCUUGAGAAAAUGAAGAAAUGCUACCUUGUGAGCAGUGGGGAGUGCUACCUUUCUACAGAAAUCCUAUCCAAGUUUAAAUUGCUGCAUGGAUCCCGGUGGACAGAAGAACAUUUGAAAAACAUUCAGAUUGAGGUUAUAAAACCUCUGCUUCUGUAUUGGGCACCACGAUUUUGUGUUACUCAUUCAUCUUCAACAAAGAAUGCUAGUGCUGAACUGAAAUUCUGGCGCCUCCGUCAAGAGAAACCAAGGAAGGAUGUUGAUCCUUUCCCACAGAUGGCUACCCUCCUGCCAUUAAGACCAAGGUCUUGUAUUCCACAGGUCCCUGAGGUCCAGGGAGAAGAAAUCGGUUUAUUUCAACCACCUAAAUCUAAGAAAUUAUCAAGAGUAAGCACAGGGACUCAAAAAUUUGGGAGGAGCGAGUCCUUGCAUCCAGUUCCUUCUAAGGAUGAUGGGCCAGAGAAAGGGUCACAGUUGGCAGAGGGAAGCACAGUAGUUCGUUUGACAUCUUUUACUGACAUCUCUGAAUGUCUGAAGCCCCAGCUGGACAGAAAAUAUACUUAUACAGAAGAGCAUAAUGUUAAAACUGUAUCAGAUGCCUUGGGAGGAUUUGACAUGGAAAACUUGUUACAGUCUUUGUAUGUUGAAAAUAGAGCUGGAUUCUUCUUCACUAAGUUCUGUGAGAAGUCAGGGAACAAGCUGUGGAAGCACAGUGUGUACUUCUGGUUUGACCUCCAGGCUUACCAUCAGCUGUUCUAUCAAGAGACACUUCAGCCUUUUAAAGUAUGCAAGCAAGCCCAAUACCUUUUUGCCACUUACAUCGCUCCAUCGGCCACUCUGGACAUUGGACUUCAACAGGAAGAGAAGAAAGACAUCUACAUGAGGAUCCAGCCACCGUUUGAGGAUCUCUUUGACACAGCAGAAGAAUACAUCCUCCUCAUACUUCUGGAGCCCUGGACACAGAUGGUGAUGUCAGACCAAGCGGCUUACAGAAAGGUGAAACUACAGGAAGAGACUCGACAGCUGGAUUCCACAUACUUCAGAAAGCUACAGGCUUUGCAUAAAGAAACAGUUUCCAAGCUGGCUGAGGACACUACUGGAUCUGUAACCUGCAUACCGUCACUGGCCGAAGUCUCUAAACAAACAGAAUAUUGGAGUAAUGUUCCUGAGGAAUACAAGCAUUUUACCUUUAAUGAUCUACUUAACAACAAACUGGAGUUUGAACAUUUCCGUCAGUUCCUAGAGUCUCAUUCUUCAAGCAUCGACCUUAUGUGUUGGAUAGAUAUCGAACAGUUCCGAAGAAUCCUUUUUAAAGACCAAAAGCAAAGGGAGGCAAAGUCUAUAUACAUUAAAAACAAAUACCUCAAUAAAAAGUAUUUCUUCGGCCCCAACAGCCCAGCUUCUCUGUAUCAGCAGAACCAGAUAAUGCUUCUGAGCGGCGGCUGGGGCAGGAUCCUUCACGAGCAGCUUGAUGCGCCGGUGCUGGUGGAAAUCCAGAAGCACGUCUUGCACAGACUGGAAAACGUGUGGUUGCCAUUGUUUCUCACAAGUGAACAGUUCGCAUCACGUCAGAAGAUAAAGAUACGGAUGAAAGACAUCGCUGAUGAGCUCUUACUGCAGCGGCAUGACAGGAAAAUUGGAGUUUGGAAGCCUGUGGCAAGUAAGUGGAUAUCUUCAUCCUGUGAGAUUAUUGCUUUCCGUAAAGCAUUAUUGAAUCCAGUCAUUGCAAGGCAAUUUCAACGAUUUGUGGCCCUGAAAGGAGAUUUAUUGGAAAAUGGAGUACUUUUUUGGCAAGAAGUACAGAAGUUUAAGGAUCUGUGCCACUCACAUUGUGAUGAGUCCAUCAUCCAGAAGAAGAUCACGACCAUCAUCAACUGCUUCAUCAACUCCUGUAUCCCGCCAGCUUUGCAGAUCGAUAUUCCAGUUGAGCAGGCCCAGAAGAUAAUUGAACACCGGAAGGAGCUGGGACCAUAUGUGUUCCGAGAGGCACAGAUGACAAUUUUUGGAGUUCUGUUUAAGUUUUGGCCACAGUUUUGUGAGUUUAGGAAGAAUUUAACAGAUGAAAAAAUUAUGAGUGUUUUAGAGAGAAGACAAGAAUACAAGCAGAAAAAGAGAAUGUCAGAGUCCGAGGAAGACAGGAUCGGAAAGGCCGUCAAGCAGUACGCAAGCACCACAGGCUCUCUAACCAAAGCUCCUUUAGCCAGCGAAUCCUUACUGGGCCUGCAAGCUUAUGGUCGGCAGCCAACCUGGUGCUAUUCAAAGUAUAUAGAAGCCUUGGAACAGGAGCGAAUUCUUCUGAAAAUUCAAGAGGAAAUGGAAAGAAAGAUGUUUACAGGGUAGCAACAUUCAAGCCCGUGUUCACAUUCUGCUGCUGAUAGGUGCCAGGAUUUCCUUAAGCCAACUUUAACUAACAUGAGAAGCUGAAAACCCAAGUUUUUGGAUAGUCUGCAUUACUUUAGAAUACUAUACUAUCUAGGCUAGAAGAAUUAAAAUUGUUUGCCUAUUAUAGUCCUUAAGGAAAAAGCAA